AUGGAUAUUUGGGACUUUAUUUUUUCACUUAUUCCGGACAAGGCCGAAACUAAAUUCAACAAAGCAUUUAACCACUAUUCGAGUAACGUUGCAUCAAUUAUCAUUUUCUCAGACAUCCGUAUUAAGCCACUUGCUUCAUCGCCUAAAUUUUACGAUUGGGUGCUUCGAAAAUUUGGUGCUGAUGCACCAAUAACUGCGCAAUGUUUCAAUGAUCUUUUAGAAACACGUGUUAGUCUCGACAUUCAACUUCAAGCAUCAAAUUUUGAAGUUCCAAUAAGAAUGAAUCAACGCACGUUCAAAGCAAUAUGUGAUACUUUUAAGAUUUACUGUAACGUUAAAAAUUUUUUCUUACCUUCACAUUUGGAAACAAUCUCACGAAGUGCAAGUCAUGAAAUUCUUGGACCCUUAUUUGAACAUUAUUUAGCUGACCUUAUUGGUAUAGAAGUAACUUAUCAGUUGCCUAUGGAGUCCAUUGAGGACUUAGACAUUAUGCAAACUGAAGAAUCAAAUGACAUGGAAAUAAUUGAAAAUGUCUUAAAUGGCGAUCAAACCAUUUCCCAAAAUGAUCAAAUUUCGUCGGCUAAAAGAAAACUUGAGACUAAAGAAAUUAAAGAGAUCAAGGAAUUGUGGAAAGAGAAAUUGGAGGACAUGCAUUAUAAUUCGAUUUAUAACGGAAGUGGAAUUACUAAUCCUUUCAGAAAUUGUCUUCGUAUUUUUGUUGAGGAAAAGUUACCAUACGCAGAAGAAAAAUCAAAGAGAAUUAAUAAUUGUCUCUCUAAGCGAAGGAAAUAUUCAACUAAGAAAUCAGAAUCUGACGAAGAUUCAAAGCAAUAA